UGGAGACAAUGUAGAGCGCAGGUGGGACUCCGGGAGAGCAAUCAGUGCUGUUUCCUCUUAAGCCCCUUGCGCUGGUCAAUGCGCAGCUCUCCCACCUCCCAACUCCAAAGCCUUCUGGCCCUUGCCAGGGGUCCUAGGAGGAGCCGAGCCUUUCUCUGGUUAGCCUGUCCGGCCCUGGGGCCCCAGAGCUGGGCUCCGCGGAGCCUGGCUCGCCCACGGGGACGUGAGUGGUCUGGGGACGCGCGGGACAGCCAGGUGCGCAGUCAGCAGCGGUCGCACGCCGACGCUUGUGGCAACAGGUGCAGCGCGGACCAGGUCCUACUUCUGGGGCGGGUGGCAUGUUGCUGUGUAGCUGGGGAGCCGGAUCUGGCAGGGGGUCGUAGUGGAACUCCGUGGGACUCAUCGUGUCUCUAGGAACCCUAGGAAGCCUCUCCGGGAACAACAAAUCACUUCAACUUCAAAGCAUCUAAGACUACAAUCCUGGAACUGGGCUGAAAGCAAUAGAGAUAGGAGGAGCAAGACCAUUUUUCAUUCACUCUGGAUUUAGAAGGAUUUGAAGAGAAAAAUAAAAUGGCAGAGGUUUAAAGUUAGUAUCCAGGAUGAAUGAUGCUAAUUCAGAUAGGACAGAAGAUGGAUUGCAUUACGUAUUUAUCAGUGAUAAAACCUUGAAUACCUCUGAAUACAACAAAACAUCACCAUGUACGCAGCACCCUUCAGCUAGUCACGGGGAUUGGAACUCUGCCAACCCAGAUGACAUGGUGGUUGACUACGAAAUGCAUCCCGCCGUGGACCAUAGUGAGAGUGUCUCUUUAGGCCAGCAGCGUGUUGAGGCAGUUGCUUACCCAGAGCCUUCAAGUGGUUUCACUAGUGAGUUUGCAAUGCAUAGUGACCCCACCUGCCGGUCUUCUGCAUUCGGGAAUACAGAGAAGGCCCUGGACCUGCACAGUAACAUGGAUUCCCUAGAGGUUGUCGAGAAUGAGAGGGGUGAGUCCUCUCUUCCCUGUGUGUGUAAGUCUGAUGAUGAUUUGGAUUGUGCAGGCGCUCCCGCAGCUUUGGAGCUGAAAGGAACAUUUGACGGGAAAGUGGACCCAGUUAACGGCACCUUUAUUGCCCACCAUGCUAUCAAACAGGGCCAGCCUUUACAUGCUGCUGGAGGGCUGCAGGCGACAAGUGUGAGGGAUGGAAGCACACUGUUCUCCUGCUCUACUUGGCCAUCACCCCAUUCUUCUAAGAUGCACAUGACGGGCAUUAAUUGUAAUGGAGAGAACUUUGAAAGCCUUCAAGCCACACCAUCAGAGACCCUAAACACAACCUACACAGUGUGUUCUGAUGUGCUGAUGCAAACCGACAGUCCAGUCAUUGGAAUUCAGAGUCCGUAUUCUUUAGGAAAUGUCACCAAAGACUAUGCAGAUGGGACCGAACAAGAACUUGUUGGAGAGAAAGAGCUACAAGCUGUGACACCAGUUCCUGAUGGCAUGGAGGUCCCCAAUGGGUCUGUACUACAGGAGUUCUAUUGUGUAUCUGAAGAUGAAUCCAACAGUGAGGCACAUUCACACGGCUCAGUUGGUCAACAAGAAAUGGGCCAAAAUCUACGAGAAACACUGUCCAACUGUCAUGUUGAUGGUGGAUGCCCUUUACUGGUGCCAGCUUUUGAUAAGAGUAAACCCAGAGUCCUGGACUCUGAGUAUACAGUCACCACAACGGAAGACCCACGCAUCGCUUCUCAUGACAGCAACUCAGAAAUCCAAAGUAGUACCAAAGAGCUGACCCUGAGAAGUGUUCCAGGACAGAGCAUCUCAUCGUGUGAAAUGGCUUGGGAUGAAGAUGGUAGAGCCAUUAGCACAAAUAAUACAGUUUGCAUGUCAACACCAGUUCUGCAACCCCCCAAUGUAAGCUUUAUGUGUUCACCCAUCCAAGUGACAGAGACGCGCAACAAUAAUGUGGAGAAUGGGCCAAGAGAUGCUAAAAAUGCAGCAGACUUGAAAGGAGCACCAAUAAAUAUGUCAAAACCCAAUCUGGGAAAAUCAGCUACCAAAAUGAGUACCACCAUAGGCAAUAAAGUUAGGAAAACGGAAAUUAUAAGUUAUCCGAGACCAAACUUCAAAAAUGUUAAAGCCAAAGUUAUAUCCAGGUCAGUGCUGCAACCCAAAGAUGGUCCCCCAACGAAGGGCACACCCAACCCUCAGGUUCCUGGGGACUCCUCACCCUCACCAGUGCCUUCUAAACAGUCGAUGGUUAUGAGCAAAAUGCCAAGGUCUGACUUGAAAGCAGACAAAAAAGCAGAAAUCCUAAUUAGCAAGACACAUAAGCAGCAGUUUAAUAAACUCAUCACCAGCCAGGAUGUGCAUGUUACAGCUCAUCCUAAAAACGCUUCACUCAGGGUUCCAAGAACAACAUCUGCCAUGAAAUCGACCCAGGAGGAUGUUGGCAAGGCAGGUUCUCCUCACGCAGCAAGCGAGCCUGGGUCUGUAGCUGCGUUUUUCCAGAAGAUCAAAGGCAUUCUCCCAGUUAAGAUGAAAAGUUCAGAGUGUUUGGAAGUAACGUACCUUUCUCACAUUGAUCAGAUUAGCCCUGAAAAGGGUGAAAAGGAUAGUGAGGCUCCAAGGGAAAAGCAAGAGCUGGGAAAGCAAGCCAUGAAUGAGACUUUUGAAUCCAAAUCUCUUUUUGUGGGUUCUACACCCAAAACUUCCACGACUCCAGGAAGGAGCAGUUCCAAGCCAGACUCCUGCAGCCUGAGGAAAACACCAGGUCUAAAAGCCAAAGUGGGGCCUGCCGUUUCCUGCCUGAGGAGGAAGAGUGACAGCAGAACCCUAGGCUCUGACAGGGCCCUGUCACCUCAGAGGAUCAGGCGUGUGUCCAGCUCUGCUGGUAAUGCUGCCAUCAUCAAGUAUGAAGAGAAACCUCCCAAGCAAGCAUUUCAGAAUGGGACAGGAUCCUUAUAUUUGAAGCCUUUGGUGCCCAGAGUUCAUGCACACUUGCUCAAAACUCCUCCAAAAGGUCCUUCAAGAAAGAGUCUAUUUACAGCUUUUAAUUCAGUUGAAAAAGGCAGGCAGAAGAACCCCAGAAGCCUGUGCAUCCAGACCCAGACAGCUCCAGAUGUGCUGUCCUCCGAGAGAACCCUUGAGUUGGCCCAAUACAAGACCAAAUGUGAAAACCAAAGUGGCUUUAUCCUGCACCUCAAGCAGCUUCUUUCCUGUGGUAAUACCAGGUUUGAAGCACUAACGGUUGUGAUCCAGCACCUCCUGUCGGAGCGAGAGGAAGCCCUGAAGCAACACAAAACCCUCUCUCAAGAGCUUGUCAACCUUCGGGGAGAGCUAGUUGCUGCUUCAAGCACCUGUGAGAAGCUAGAAAAGGCCAGGAAUGACUUACAAACAGCGUAUGAAGGGUUUGUCCAGAAACUAAACCAGCAACAUCAGGCGGACCGGACGGAAUUGGAGAACCAGCUGAAGGAAUUCUACACGUCAGAGUGUGAGAAGCUGCGGAACAUUUACAUCGAGGAGGCAGACAAGUAUAAAACUCAGCUGCAAGAGCAGUUUGACAACUUAAAUGCCGCCCAUGAAGCCACUAAGCUGGAGAUUGAAGCUAGCCACUCAGAGAAAGUAGAGCUGCUGAAGAAGACCUAUGAAACCGCCCUUUCAGAAAUCAAGAAGAGCCAUGAGAUGGAAAAGAAGUCACUGGAGAACCUGCUUAGUGAGAAGCAGGAAUCCCUGGAGAAACAAAUCAAUGACCUGAAGAGUGAAAACGAUGCUUUAAAUGAGAAGUUGAGGUCCGAGGAACAAAAGCGAAUAUCAAGAGAGAAGAAAACCCCUCAGGUCAUGUAUCUGGAGCAGGAACUAGAAAGCCUGAAAGCUGUGUUGGAGAUCAAGAAUGAGAAAUUACAUCAGCAGGAUAUGAAGCUAAUGAAGAUGGAGAAGCUGGUGGACAACAACACGGCCUUGGUCGACAAGCUGAAGCGGUUCCAGCAGGAAAACGAGGAGCUAAAAGCUCGAAUGGACAAGCACAUGGCGAUUUCAAGGCAACUUUCCACGGAGCAGGCAGCACUACAGGAGUCCCUGGAAAAGGAGUCAAAGGUCAACAAGAGACUGUCCAUGGAGAACGAGGAGCUCCUGUGGAAGUUGCACAACGGGGACCUGUGCAGCCCCAAGAGGUCCCCCACGUCUUCAGCCAUCCCUUUCCAGUCCCCCAGGAACUCCGCCUCCUUCUCCAGCCCCAGCAUCUCGCCCAGAUGACGGCUUCCAGAUGUGGAAGAGAGACUCUGGAGGCGCCGAGAUGCGCAGUUCUGCAGGACUGACCCUCUUGUGGGAAUGAGGGCUGCCGCGAUGGCUUUCUGGAAUUUCCACCGGGACUGCCGCGUCAGCCACUUACGAGUUGGGACGUCUGGAGGAGGACUUUUGAACUUGGUCCAAAAGCCUCCUCCAAAAAUAGAUUUUGGAAUUGAUGUGGACAUAGUUGCACAAAGCACUUAAGGAACGAGGGAAUCUUGUUCUUUGCCUUCCUUCACCUAAGCAUAAGGGGAAAACUCUCAGGGGCCUAUUAAGAUAAAGAUUUAUAACCUUUAUAAUGUUCUUCACCAGAGACACCUUCUUGUGAUUUUUAUUUCGGUCUGUGGGCAGGGGUGUAUGUGUGUGAAUAAAAUGGAUGUACUGGUGUGUCACAUGACUGUCAUAGCCCUCUCUGCUGUGUAUUCAAAAGUCAACAGCUGAAUAUAGCUGGGCCUAUAUUAAUCAAGUCAUAAUCCAUAUACAUGUGUCAACAAAAGCCAUAGAAGAGAAAGCAGUAGUUGCUUGAAUUACUACCAGCUCCUCUUAGCACUGUGACAUGGCAGGGCUCGGGUAUGACAGGAAAAACCUUUUGGUUUGUUGAUGUCUGUACAUUUCUCUGUUGUUAGUUUUUCAGUGUUGAGCAUUGUCAGUCAGUACAUUUUCUUUUCCUGUAGAUAUUUAUGAGCCCAACUACUGUACUCAGGCUACGAGCAAAUGUAGCACCCUAAAUUUUUCUAAACACAGGUCUGUAUAAAGAGUAAGGGGGCCGUACCAAUGGAUGUUUCUGACUCAUCUUCACCUUGAAUCUAAGCUAUUUUCACGGAGGUAAACCUCCAUCUUCCCUCCUGCUGUUUUUGACAUCAUCUUUUCCUCCUCCAUGUAAAGCCACAGAAGCAAGCCCUCCACCCCCUUCCCAGCUUAUCUUUGAGGUGCUGAACCUACUUUGCAAAUUAGCUAAGCUCUGGAUGGAUCUGAGACUACAAAUUUUGGAAACCCUUAGGGAAUUCAGCAUGCACUAAUGGACAGAAGCACCUCCUUAAGCCAUCAGCUCCUUGUUUGGUGGAAGAAAAGGGUCUGGGGGAGGGGGUUAACCCUGACAUGGACCCCUCUGAGCAUUCCUCCUGUUGUUGGAAUGAAACAGAGCAGCCAGCCAAUGAGUAAAGAGUGACAGCUUGUGCACCUCCUUCACACUGGAUCUGAAGUCUUCGUGAAAGGGAGGAGGAUAGCUGUGGCUCCUCACCACCCGACCCACGGGCUUCCCCGCACGUGUCAGCAUUGUGAUGUCAGUAUUUACCGCUCCCUGUUCAAUGGCUGGUCAAAUAACCCCUAUAGUUAGGACAGAUUCAGGACACUAGAGGUGGAUAUGAGGGUCAUCGUGGAUCUGUAUACUGCACCGCUGAUUGGUAUUCACGAUGCAUGCUUUUUAUUAGUGGUUAUGUUUGAAGUCUCUCUUCUCCAAUAGUUUAUGACGUAUGUAACCUUCCAUGUUUGCUUCUGAUCAAUAGGAAUGUAGCGUCACUGCCACUCCUGGAAUAUCUCUGCUCCUGGUCCCAAGCCGUCUCAAUGACAUUAGCCAAAGUUAGGUUUAUCAUUUAUGCCCUAGUUACGGUAAAAGUUCAUGUGUUGCCUGCCAUCCUUCAUACCAUUUAGAUGUCAACCUUACAGUAAGUAAAAGGCUUCCAAGGUUAAGGCAAGAGAGAAAUAGGAAACAAAAUAGAGAGGUUUUAAGGUUUUUCUUCUUAAGCCAAAUGUUUUAUGUAAGAUACAAAAUUGUUAACACAUCGUAAAAAAUGUGGAUGUGUGAACAGCUGUAGUUUAUAGUUAUGGAAAGUGUAUUUUCCUUUGAUCAAAUAAAUAAUGCUGGACUAUUCAA